AUGCAGGCAGCAGCGCACGCACGACGUCAUACACAGGCCCUCUUCCCCCUCCCCCUCUUCCUCUCCCUCAGCUUCCUCUUCCUCGCGAGAGUGAGAGAGAUCGAGAUGCACUUUCUUUUGCCCGCAACAGGGCAACUUGGCAGAACAUACAUCUUAUCCAUUAAUUGUUGCUGCUGCCUAGAUAGAUCAGAUCAUUGUGAGAUGUGA